CAGAGGUAACAAGGGGCGGCUGAGCUGGCAUCACCUGGGCACUCAGCUCCUUUCCAGUCCACGGUGGCAUCAGAGGUCUCCUGUGACAGGCUGCCCAACGCCACCAAAAAGCCCUGCGCGCUGCUGGGUGCAUGUGGGGCAAAGGGGAACAUUUUUCAGCCAGAAAGCCUGUGGAGGUGGGCAGUGGGUGGAAAAAUGGUCUAAAGAAAACAAGGGCACGGCCCUCACUUGUAUUCUGAGUGCUCAACACUGCAUGUCCAGGCAGCAUCCCUGUAUUUUUCUCAGGCAACGUGUCCCGUUUCCGUGGUCCAUACACGUCCUUCUUUUCUCUCAGUCUGAUCAGCAGGUCCUUGCCCCAUCCUGCUGGCUUCCUGCCUCCUCUGCUUGUUUUCCUGCACAGGGGACACAGAGCUCUUGUGCUCUCUGCAAACUCGUCCUGAAGACUGGCCGGUUUUCCUCCGCUCCUUUGCCAGUAAGGUCAUAAUCCCAGCGGAUCUCACCCAGUAAUUCUUCACACAGCCCAAACUUCGCUCUCAUGACGCUCGGGGUCCUGACUUUGCUUUCUGCGAGGCCCGUCCUCCUCUACAUCACACACUCUCCCAGGAAGCAUGGCCACUACAGCCCAGAGCACCUCCCAUCUGCCGCUCCUGAAUGAGCUCCUCUGGCUUGGAGACAACCACGUCCCAGAAGGGUUCUUUUAGGACUGCUCUGCCGAAUACCCAGGCCAGGAAGGCACCCUCAACACACUCCAGGCCUCUUUGGGAUUUUUUGCAUCCUGCCCUGUUGCUUUCCCAGCAGAUGUCUGGGUGCUUGAAAUCCUCCACCACAUCGCCCCACUCAGUCAAUUUGUAGCAGACCCUGACCGCUAGCUGUCCUUUAUUGCCUGGUCCCUGUUUGUCACCCACCAGCUCACAACCUGAUGGUGGCUGCUCCUCAGAGGCAGCUCUUCACACGCUACCAACCCACUAACACACAGGGCAAUUCCCCCACCCGUCUCUCCCUGCCCAUCUCUUCUGAAAAGCUUGCAGCCCUCAGUGGCUGCGCUCCAGCCACGUGAAUUAUACCUCAUCUGUGACCACAGCUGGGUUGCACUUCUCUAAUUGCACCAUGGCUUCCAGCUUCUGCUUAUCACCAAGGCUGCAUGCUUUAGGGGUGUAAAGGCACUUCAGACAGGCUAUUGGCAACAUUACCUUCUAGGAAGAGCGCUCGCAAGAUCCUGUAAGAAGAACCUGAGGAUUUUUCCCCAUUAUUUUUCGAUAAUGACAGCAUUUCCUGGGCCUUCUCCAUUGCAUACAACUCCCUCCCCUACCCCCAUCAAAUGCAGUUUAAAUACGGGGCAAUCCAUCCACACAGCUUGCUUCCCUCAGCUCCUCCUGCUCAGUUCUGUUCCACCUGCUGCCCACAUACCACAACUCUCAAAGCCCUCUCGAGGAUCACACAAUCCAAAGCCAUGAUUGAGACACCAUCCACGCAGCCAGUCACUUACCUGACCCAUUCUGCUCCUUCUUUCCAGGUCCCAGCUGCCAAAUAGGAGCAGAGAGGUGAACUCUACAUGCAUUCUUGAUUACCUCAAGGUCCUCCCAAGAGAUGUAAAGUCUCUUUCAACAUUUGGCAGUGUCAUUGCCACACCUGCUGAGAACCACAAGGUUCCUUGCACCACAGACCCUGCAAUAGAGCCUGGUGAAAAUGGCACCCCUGCUUUCUCACUGGCCCACCAAGCAGUGCCACAGCAAGGCAUGCCUCAUGUCAUGCUCUGUAUGGUUGCUUUCUCCAUUCUGGGCCAUGGCGUAUUUGUGUUCCUGGCUGCCCCAUUUGCCUUAGUUUCCAGUUAUCAAGGUGCUCCAUGAAGCACACUUGAUGCACGUGCCUUCUCACGUGCCUUCACCCGUCUGCAUAAUUAAGUUGGGUUCACAUGAACACAUCCCUGCACGUUUCAAGGCCACAUUUUACGUUUGUGUUUCUGCACGUUCUUUAUGGCUGCCUCUCUCUCUCCAUCUCCUGUGUGGGACAGGAAAAAGGGCCUGGACCAGGCGCUAUUUCACCACAUACAAACUCACCUUCCAAACUCCUAACCAGCAAUUUGCCUUAAAAAGCAAAGCCAUUUCUGGCCUCUGUAAGGCUGGCUCCCAGCCAGGAGCUGUGUCCCUGUCAUUUCACAGAGCUGCAGAGAUUAAACAGAGAAGAACAGGUCUGUACAAGCCCAAUGUGGGUGGGGUGGAAGUUCAGCAAGCUAUAAGAAGCAUUUGGGCGCUGAGCAAACAACGUAUGGAAUAGGAGAAGCAGGAGAAGCAACAUGGGAGAGCUGCGUGUCCGCUCCGUUCUGGUGACUGGGGCCAACCGGGGAAUCGGCCUCGGGCUGGUCCGGCACCUGCUGGCAUUGCCAAACCCACCUGAGUGGGUCUUUGCAACUUGUCGCGACCCCAAGGGACAGCGAGCGCAGGAGCUGCAGAAAUUGGCCUCCAAGCACCCCAACCUGGUCACUGUCCCGCUCGAAGUCACCGAUCCCGCCAGCAUCAAGGCGGCCGCAGCCAGCGUCGGGGAGCGCCUCAAGGGCUCGGGGCUGAACCUCCUCAUCAACAACGCUGGGAUCCUAAGGCCGAACAAGCUUGACAAUGAAACACUGAAGGACAUGGCUGAGGUGUACAUGACCAACACCAUUGCACCUCUGCUGCUCUGCCAGGCGUUCCUGCCACUGCUGAAGAAGGCAGCCCAGGGGAGCCCUGGCUCAGGGAUGGGCUGCAGCAAGGCAGCCAUCGUCAACAUUUCCAGCAUUGGAGGAUCUAUCAAAGAAAUGUAUUUAUGGGAAGGCAUACAAGCAGUCAAUUAUCGCUGUAGCAAGGCUGCUCUCAACAUGCUCACCAGGUGCCAGUCCAUGGGGUACCGCGAACACGGCAUCCUCUGUGUCGCUUUCCAUCCUGGCUGGGUGCAGACAGACAUGGGGGUAACAGCCGGACACACGCCCCCCGUGACGGUGGACGCGAGCGUAGGAGGGAUGCUGAAGGUGCUCUCCAAGCUCUCCGAGAAGGACAGCGGGUCCUUCCUGGACUGGGAAGGGAACGCUGUGGCCUGGUGAGGUGCUGGCCCGGCCUCGUGCCUGGAUCCUGGCACUGACCCCUCUGCUGCUGCCUUCCCCCUCCAUAAAACCAUAUCUGACAACA